AUGAACGCCGAGGAAGAGCCACCAGUCGGCGCGAUUUACACCAUACCAGCAGCGCCAAACACCUCCUGCCACCGUCUCCCGCCGCCCAGUCACCUUCGCCCUUUUUCUGUCACCACCGUCAGUUUCCAGACACUGCCGCGCGGCCCCAGCUCCAAUCUCAACCCCGCUGUCUGCCGGAGCGAGCCCUGCCCUCCUCCACCGUUCAGGGAAGACAAUAAGAUCACUGAUACUUCGGCUGCUGAGGCACGAAGAGGGAAGGAUAUCCAAGGAAUUCCAUGGGAGAGGCGAAGCAUAUCUAGGGAGAAGUAUAGACAGACUAGACUAGAACAGUACAAGAAUUAUGAGAAUGUGCUCCACUCCGGAGAGGAAUCAGAAAAGGAAUGCAAAGUAACUAGGAAAGGUGGAGCGUAUUAUGAAUUCUGGCAGAACACCAGAUCAGUAAAAUCAACCAUUCUUCAUUUUCAGUUGAGGAACCUUGUUUGGUCAACAUCAAAGCAUGAUGUUUACCUCAUGUCGCAUUACUCAAUUAUUCACUGGUCUUCAUUAAGUUCCAAAAAGACUGAAGUUCUUAAUGUCUCUGGGCAUGUGGCUCCGGCAGAGAAACACCCUGGAAGUUUGCUAGAAGGAUUUACUCAAACUCAAGUUAGUACUCUGGCUGUCCGUGACAAUUUGUUGAUUGCUGGGGGAUUCCAGGGCGAGCUUAUUUGCAAGGAGCUGAAUAUUGAAUGGCUUUCAGAUCAUAUAAAUGCUCAGAUGCUAGAUAUGAAUCCAUCAUCAUCAUCAUCUCUUUCUUGCAUUGUCUUUCUCAUUCUGAAUGCUCUGAACGCACAUUAA